CAGAUCCCGUGGAGAGUCCGUACCGCCGGGUGUGUUUCUACGGCAGCUGGGCGCAGGAGCGCUCGCAGCCUGCAGGCCUGGACCCCGAGGACUUCUCCCUGCACGCCGGUCUCUGCUCGCACCUCGUGUACGCCUACGGCACCAUGGAGGGCAAUCAGCUGGUCCUGGACGACAACUACGACUACGAAGACUUCCCUGAGUACGAGAGGUUCAACAAUCUCAAGACGGAACACCCUGGCCUGAAGACGAUUCUUUCAGUCGGUGGAUGGGACUUCGGGUCCAAGCCGUUUUCCGACAUGGCGUCGACGCCGGCGAACAGAGCCGAGUUUGUCAGCUCGGCCGUCGGGUUUCUCCGGCAGUGGGACUUCGACGGGCUGGACCUGGACUGGGAGUUUCCCGCGCAGGGGAAGGGUUCGCGCCGCGGAGACAAGGCGGCGUUCAGCAGCCUUGUGAGGGAGCUAAAGCAAGCCUUUAUAGCGGAAGGGGAGGCCGCAGGAAGGGCGCCUCUCAUCCUGACGGCAACGGUAGCCGGCGGAGAGGCAAUCAGAAAGGCUUACGACAUUCCAGAAAUCUCCGAACACCUGGACUUCAUGAACGUGAUGACGUAUGAUUUCCACGGGUCCUGGGACCGCGUGACCGGCCUGGCCAGCCCGCUGUACGCCGCCAGAACGGAGAGGGGACAGGCGGCAAGACUCAACGUGGCAGCGUCGAUACAGCAGUGGCUGGACGGUGGAGCGCCCGCCGGGAAGCUGAACGUUGGCCUGGGGCUUUACGGUCGGUCCUUCACGCUGAGGAACCCGCGGCACCACGGGCUCCGCGCCCCGUCCAGGGGACCCGGGCAGCCCGGACAGUACACGGACGAGGAAGGCUUACUGAGCUAUUACGAGAUCUGCCGGAUGCUGAGUCGCGGCGCCACCAGGGUGUUUGACCGGGAACAGAAGGGGACCUACGCCUACCUCGGGAACCAGUGGGUCGGGUAUGAUGACGAGGAAAGCCUCACGCACAAGGUGAACUGGCUGAAGGAGAAGAGCCUGGGCGGGUGGAUGGUGUUCUCCGUGGAUGAGGAUGACGCCAGUGGUCAGUUCUGCGGGGGUCAGCGCUUCCCUCUGCUGAACGCCCUCAACAGCGCCCUGGGACUGCCCACGGUGGCCGCAACAGCCGCACCGCCGGACACAGAGAACGGUGAUUUCUGCUCGGGUCGGCAGAACGGAUAUUACGCUGACCCAGGGGAUUGUGGGAAGUACUACAACUGUGACCGCGGGGUCACGUACCACGAGGAAUGCUGGGAAGACACACUCUGGAACGAUGAGCUCGGCGACUGUGACUGGGAAGAGAACGUCGACUGCAGUGAGGACUGGAAACGCUAGGAGGGAAGGCACUCUUGGGACAACUUUGCUUACCUUUUCUGUUCUGUAUACAUAAGGCAAACCUUUUGUUUGGAGAGGAACGUUUGAGAAAGAUUCUCUGACCAAUAUUAUACGAUUUUGUUACGAAUGUUUUAACGUAACGCUUUUUUAAAGAUCUAACAAGGGACUACAAUGAUUAUCGUUCAGUCUGUGCAACGAAAUGGUGAGCCAUGUUCUUACCACGUGCAACAUCGUAGUACAUAUGGUAGCAUUGGUAGGUCAGUAACAUAAAGAAUCAUUUUAUUGUUAACAAAAUUAAUACAGAAAGUGUACUAUCAUGUCACAAAGAUUAACAUUCUAAUUUGUGAUAUUAGAAAACGAUACGCAUAUAGUAAGUAAGAAACAAGUAUGGAGUUUGCGUUGAAAACAACUGCUCAACAUCUACACACUGAUUAGCAUUGGUAGGUUACCUAAGAUGUUUUAUAUACAUUACAUAUUGUACCAUCACAAAAUUAGGUUGCUUUUAAGCUUUGCUAUUUGGAAACGAUUAACGUAUAUAGUGAGAACAAGCAAGGAUA